AUGGGGCGAGAGCCUGAUGGGCCGGGCUCUCGCGUCGUCGGUGCCAUAGCACUCGUGCUGAGGGAAUGGAUGGGCCGACGACGCUUCGGACCUCUCACAUAUAGGCUGGGGCAGGUGCUCACCGGGCAUGGUUGCUUUGGUGAGCAUCUGCACCGAAUUGGACGGGAACCCACCGCAACGUGCCACCACUGCGGGGCUCCAGUGGACUCGGCGGAUCACACCCUAUUGGAGUGUCCAACAUGGGACGCUGACCGUCGGGUUCUGCUGGAAGCCCUGGGACUCAACCAAGCUGACUUCUCCCUGGAGAGCAUGGUGCGUGCCAUGCUCGAAGGGGAGGAGCCCUGGGCGGCCACGCUCUCCUUCUGCGAAUCAGUUAUGUCGCGGAAUGAGAGCGACGAGAGAAGGAGGGAGGCGGACCCGAACGCCGCCCCCUGCCGCAAAAAGAGGCCGGGGAGACGGGCUCGGGCAUACGCCCGAGUCCCGUAA